AUGUACCGCGCACGUAUCAGACGCAUCUUCCAGGGUGCAGAUCCUCAAGUCCUCGUCGCAUUCUGGCUCUUUGGCCUCAUCAACAACAUCCUCUACGUCCUCAUCCUCUCCGCAGCUCUCGACCUCGUCGGUCCCUCCGUCCCAAAAUCCGUCGUCCUCCUCUGCGACGUCGUGCCUUCCUUCAUCGCAAAACUCAUCCUGCCCUACAUAAUCCAAUCCGUCCCCUAUAGCGUCCGCGUCUGCAUCUUCGUCAUCCUCUCAACAUGGGGCAUGCUCCUCGUUGCUCUCGCCACCGGCCCUACCACCCCUACAACCCCUACAAAACCCCCUUCUUCUGCCCUGAACACCAAACCCACAAUUUGGAGCUCCCUCCCGCACCCAGACAGCAGCGUCAUAUCCACAAAGAUGGCCGGCGUUAUACUGGCAAGUCUGAGCUCUGGCGCAGGCGAGCUCAGCUUCCUGGGUCUCACACACUUCUAUGGCCCCUUCGCUCUCGCGGCAUGGGGCAGUGGAACAGGCGGUGCAGGGCUGCUAGGAGCGGGCAUGUAUGCUCUCUUCACGGUCUCAUUCGGUCUGAGCUCCGAGCGGACACUGCUCGUGAGCUCGGCCCUGCCUCUUGUGAUGCUCGUCGCCUUCUUUGGCGUCUUGCCGAAGGGGCCUUUGAAGAGGAAGAAAGCGCUCGUAAAGCAGCGAUCUAGUUCCGUGGAUGUGAGUGGUGAUGAGAAUAGCGCGCACGAAAGAGAUCCUAUGUUGGGGAUUUCUCACGAAGAAGAUGGAGCAGAAGACGGACUGCUCGCGCAGUCUCCACACACCAGGACGUCACCAAUCGUACGGGUGGAGAGGAGGUGGCUCCAGACCUUCGCUCAAAACCUGCGUCGGUCGCGAUCGCUUUUCAUUCCUUAG